AUGAUGUCGAAAACUCUCUCCCGAAUCCCUGCGAUUUUGGCCGCAGGCUUCGUCAUCUGCUCGAUUUCGGGCCGAGUCUCCGCUAAGCGUGUCCAGUUCCAGGAAUGUGGUCCUGAGAGAAAUGUUAUCGCCGUCAAUGUUUCCGGAUGCAUUGUUCAACCUUGCCGAUUUGCCACUAAUAGCAGCGUGACUUUUUCCCUCUUAGCGAACGCAACACAAGCGUCCUCCUCGGUCAACCACGAGGUUCGGAGUUACAUAAACGGACGAGCUUUUGGCCUGCCUCAACCCUCAGUGAAUGCCUGCGCUGAUGGCUUGGUGCAACCAGACUGCCCAAUCAGACCCGGUCAGUUAUAUCGUUUCGUUCAAACGAUCACCAUCCAGGAUAGCCUUCCCACCGUCCCGACGACGCUGCAGUUUCUGAUUAGAGGCGACGAAGGAGUUGUUCUCGCCUGUGUUCGGAUACACUCUCUGAUAAGUGAUCCUCACGAGUUUUAACCACGGCCCCGCGGUUGCUGCAUUUGUUCCGAAAGAACCCGCUAUGUGUACAUAUUUAAAUAGAUGAAGGAUGAAAUUGUAAAUAUUAAGCGCCCAGAUUAAAUAAAGUUGAUUAAAGUUGUUUGAAGUCU